ACCCUAGCCCGAGGGCCGUUAAAAAUCAAAAUUGGCAAGAAAAGGCUGAAAAUUUUCUCCGAGAUCAUAAUCUUAUCCAAUAUUUUCAAAACGAUCAAUAACAUGUCAAAUAACCCUGAAGCUGUUACAAAAGACCAAGCAAGUGACCUUCAGUUAUCUAAAACAGAACAGGAAUUUAUGGAAAAGGCUUUUUUUUACGCGCGACAAGCUCUAGAAUCGCAGGAGGUUCCGGUGGGUUGCAUAUUUGUUUUUAACAGGGAAAUUGUAGCGUUGGGACGUAAUACUGUUAACGAAACACAUAACGCAACUCGCCACGCGGAAAUGAACUGCAUCGACCAAGUGCAAGACUAUUGCAAACUAAACAAUUUGGACCUGCAUCCCGUUUUCUCGGAAAUAUGUGUGUAUGUAACUGUAGAACCUUGUAUAAUGUGUUCAGCUGCGCUAUACGAUUUGAAAGUUAAAAGUGUCAUAUUCGGAUGUAGGAAUGACCGUUUCGGCGGGCAAAGUGUUUUUGAUGUGGGUAAAGUUUUGAAACCGGUGACCACUGUGAAAGGCGGGUAUAGGGCUGAUGAGGCAAUGCACUUGUUGAAAGAGUUUUACAAAGGCACUAACCCGAGUGCUCCUAUUUCUAAGGUCAAAUUAAAGGGAAAAACUAAAUGAAAUUUAUGAGUGUUUUCUUUGUUUUAUUUUUUAUAUAUUUUACGUUUUGUUCGAAGUUUUGUUACAUUAUAU